ACCGUUAUAUACAAUAAUUGAAGUGUAUUGGAAGCAAACAUUGAUGUCAUGCCAACAAUUUAUGUGAAUUUCUGGGUGAGCGACUCAACUAUAUAUUGUUUCGAGAAUGAAGAACGAGAGCAAACAAGGGAUUAGGGCAGUUCUUGAGAGGGUGGGAAAUUGGAAAAGAAGGAAGAAAAAGGGAAGACAAAAAGCUCAUAAGGAUGAUCGAGUGAAGCACGAGGGUUCAAUUAUUACAUCUAAAAGCUGGUCGAAGCUAUGGGUGUUUAUCUUGGGAAGAUUUCGAGUUGGUUCUUCUCCCCAAGGCUUUUAUUGGGAUUGGGCGGCGAAAUGCUUUUCGAUCCAUCAUCCAAACCACACGGUGGAGGAUCGUCUCAGACUAAAUCAUUACCCCAGAAAUUGGAAACCCCUUGUGAUGUUGAUGAUUUGGGAGGUGCUCGAUGCAGAUUUUAGCAACUCAGCUAGUUCAAGAUCCAACCUCAGCAACAUUAUGCAAAUCUAGCACAAAGCAACCAUUGGUCGCUACCUUGGGAUCAGUAAUAUUGUCUUUUGGAAAGAUACCCUCAAUGCCAAAACCAUGAUUGAGAAAAUCAAGGGUAAGUUUGCGGGUUGGAAGGCUCAAACCUUGUCUCAUGCAGGAAGGCUCACUUUAAUAACGGUACAGGAUGCUUCUUCUCAUCCUCAAGCAGCUCUUCUUAAGAAAAUGUGAGGGCUUACCAUCCCUUCUAAAGUCAAGAUUUUCUCGUGGCUUCUUAUCAGAAAGAGACUUCAGGUGCGCAGUCACUUGCACAGAUUCCUCCUACACAUCAACCCGGAGUGCUCCCUUUGCAACUCCCACACGGAAACCAUUCAUCAUCUGUUCUUCACUUGCCCCUUCACUUAAAGCAUUUGGAGCUAAACAGCCCCCUCCUCUGUUACUGUUCAUCCGAACGGUUUUUCCUCUGCCAUCUCUUCCACCGACCACCAAACUUCGUGAUAUUGGUACCAAAACGUCAAGGUCACUUCCCUCUUCCUAUCCCGAUCCUUCACUGCCUCCACCACUGCCCAUGGUAGCCGGAAAUUUCAGAAAAGUCGUCGGUUUUACCCAUAACUUAAAGGAGCUUGUUCGGGUGAUUCCGCCAACCACAUUCUUCGAACUUGGUACUCCGCCCACGCAUAUGCAGCAGGCGAGACCCUCUCAGAGUCAAGCAGUGUGGGACUACUUGUUGAAAUUUGGGAAAUGUUCAAUUUACAAGGGAGACUGCCAAAAUUUUGGUAGAAAGUCUCGUUUCUUAGUAAGUGGGCCCGGCAUCGGGGUGAUGUUGGUAACAAAACGGGAUUCGCCCCGGUUUUCGAGGAAAUUCGGGGCAGGUCCUGUCAUGUACCAAUUUGGCGCAUGUUACUACUGCCUCAAAUUUUGAUUUGCUCA